AUGAAUCUUGAGUUACUUAAUCAGUUCGGACAACCGUUUCCAGAGGAUUUCGACAUUGAACUUCCUCAAGUGUGCCAUGCCACAGUUGCGGCCUUUAACCGGCGAGGCUACGUUUUGGCCGUCGGCUCCAACGAUGGCCGCGUUUUCAUCUGGGACAUCAUGACUCGAACCAUUGCCAAAGUAAUAUCGGCCCACGGGAGCAUUGUCACUGCGUUAAGCUGGUCUCGCAACGGCAAACUGUUGGCAACAUCUUCCACUGACUGCUAUGUCUGCAUUUGGGAUGUCAUCACUUCAGAGUGCAUCAUUCAGUGGCACUUUACCAGUGCAGUACUCUUCGUACAAUUUGCUCCAAGAGAUGACACCAUUCUGCUCAUUAGGCGAAUAAAGGAAUCUUCUUUGUUGGUCCGAUACGCACGAACCAAAGAUAAGACAGUUCAUACUAAAGAGCACACUCGUGUUCCACCUGAUGAAGAUUCAGACUUUGAUGUGGUGUCAUGUUUCGACCGGCGAGGCGAGUACAUAUACUCGGGAAACUCAAAAGGGCGCAUUCAAGUGAUGAAGGUCAAACCGGGCACUAUUGAAGUUUUAGUGCUUACCUCAUUUCGUGUCUCAAACACUGCUAUUAAGCAGAUUGAGUUUGCCCCAAAGAAAAAGAAUUUGUUUCUUGUAAACAGUGCUGACCGAAUCAUCCGCGUGUACGACACAAAUCAAAUUCUGGCUGCUGUUCAAGCCAAUGCUGCAAAUGCUUCCAAUGUAAGCCAGAAUCGAAGUAGAAAAGUUCAAUCAAACAGUGGGUCCACUGUCGAUUUACGCAUUCCCGAUCCAGAGCCAUGUCAAAAGCUGCAAGAUCUUAUUAAUCGAACAACAUGGAGGAAGUGUGUCUUUUCUGGCAGUCCUGAAUCUGACUAUAUUUGUGCUGGAUCCUCACGCAGUAAUUCGAUCUACAUCUGGGAACUCACUUCUGGCACUGGCACUUUGAUGAAACUUCUUCGCGGUAGUAGGGGCGAAAUUAUUAACGAUGUUGUUUGGCAUCCUAUUCGUGCCUUUGUUGCUUCCAUUGCCAGUGGGUAUGUGUCGCUGUGGUCUGCAGCUCAAGUAGAAAACUGGUCUGCUUUUGCGCCGGACUUUCAAGAACUGGAGGAAAAUGUUGAGUACGAAGAGCGCGAAUCAGAAUUCGACGAUGAGGACGAAGACAAGGAGCCUAAGAAGGUAGACCCUGAUGCGAAAAUGGUUGAUGAUGUUUGUGUUGACGUCGUCACUCCGGUCACUGUGGAUGCUUAUCUUAGCAGUGAUGAAGAGGAGGAGAACCCUGAUGAUCUGAUUUACUUUCCGAACUUUAUGAAUGUCGAUGAAGAUGAGGUAGUACUGGACUCGGUCGAGGACGAAAGUAAAAGUGGUCACAAGGAAAAGAUAAUCAAGGAUAAAAACAAAUCAGACCCCGAAGGAAUCAAGGCACUUCAAACUCGCAAUCGCAAUGCUCCUACACUUGAGCUGUAG